AUGUUCGACGCCAUGGCCAAGUCAGUAUUGUCUGGCUUCGAGGCCGAGGUCAGGGAGGUGGUUGACGAGGUUUUGGCCCAGGCGAGGGGCGAGAUACAGGAGGUGGUUGACGAGGUUCUGGCGCAGACGAAGGUGGAGCUCUUGGUCAGGCUUCAGUCCCUAUUCCAGUCAGCAGACGGGCGAUCAGCAGGCCAGCUGCACAAGCUGCCUGCUGACUCUGGCCACAGAAACGAGGUGGCAUCGCUGCCUUCGCGCACAGAUGCGACGCAGGAGCUUCGGCUUGAAGGUGCAAAGGCGUUGCUGGUUUCGCACAGCAUGGACAGUACUGACGAUGACGAGGGUUGGCUUGGUUUGGGCAGCGAGCUUUCCACUCAGGACUGCCAAAAGUCCAGUGAUGCAAGUAUCCUGCAAGAGUAUGAGGGAAACUGGAGCCUGACCCAGGCGGAGGCUGACGCGAUGAACAUUCAAGCCGAGUUGCUCGAGGAUGUCGAAGCUCCAUGCACGCCUCGAAGGCAGGAAGAGCCGCAGGAGGGCGUCUUGACACCCGAGAUGGCGAAUCCGGUCAGGCCUGCUUCUGCCCGGCCAGCUGAGCAGGAGGAUGCGGCGGCGCGGGUGUUGCAGGAAGCAAAGGCUGCCGAAAGGCUAGCUGAGGUGGCUAUCAUGUCUGAAUCCAUGAACGGCUAUGUGGCAGAAGCCUACAAUGAGCAUGAGCUGAAGCUGCUGGUCACUGGCCUUCCAACGCAGCAGAGCGAUGAUUCUAGUUCCCAGCUCAAUGUGGUUCAGCAGCCGCAGUGUCAGUCGGACAAUCUUGAACGUUCGCCUCCUUUCGACCGCGGACCUCACCACCCUGGCAGCUUGAGCAGCCCUGAUGACGCCCCCGUUUGGCUUUACAUGUAUGACCUCACGGAGGGAGUGGCAGCUCGCUGGUCCCCUUGGAUCUUUGGCUCCCACAUAAAGGGGAUCUGGCACACCUCGAUUGUGGUGGACUGGGGGGCAAGACUUGUCGAGUACUAUUUGGACGGCGUCCCUUGUUGCACGCAGGGUGCCGAGAAGACAGCGUGGGGAAAAGUUCACGAGAAGAGGUUUCUGGGCUACACGUCCAAGACGAGACUUGAAACAUGUCAUUUUGUGAAGUCUUGUCGACAAGACUUCGCAGAGGAAUCGUACCACCUAUUGUGGAACAACUGCAACCACUUCUCAGACUUGAUGCGCCGCUUCUUGCAGGAUCAGUCCCUGCCGGAAGAUAUCUUGCUGCAACAUGAGGUGGUCCUGGAAAACAGGGUAAUUCAGCUGGCGGCACGAUGGCUACGUAUACUCUGA